GCGGCUGGUGGAGGGCGACGGCGCCAAGCUCGCCGCCUACCUGGACGACCUGGUGGCGGUGCUGGCGCAGUGUCUGGCCGACCCCAGCCCGGACAUUAAGACGGCGGCGUGCGAGACGACCGGCGCGCUCGCCCGCAGCCUGCCGCGACACUUCCACCUACAGGGCGCCUCGCUGGUGCCAGCCGCUGCUGCUGACCGUGUCGCACCAGCGCUGGCGCGUGCGGGAGCCGUGCGUGCGCGCUAUAGGGGACGUGGUGCAGUACGGCGAUAACGCGACGCUCCGGGACGUCGUAUCGCACCUGGCGCAGCGCAUGUUCGACCAGGUGGCGCAGGUGCGGCUAGCCGUGACCGAGGUGGCCGGCCGCUGGCUGCUGGAGCUGCCCGACCGCUACUCGUUCUUCGCCAAGAUCCUGCCGCUGCUGCUCACCAGCCUGCGGGACAGCGUGUCGUCCGUCUCAGAGCGAGCCAGCGAGCUGUGGCGCCGCGCUGGCCAGCAGUACCUGACCGAGAACGAGGAGGAGCACCGGCAGCUGAUCAACUACCCUCCGCCGCCGCCGGCUGGCUACCCCGACACCGUGGAGCGGCCUUCGCUGGGCUGCCGGCUGCUGUCGCAGCGCUGCUUCUACACUCUGCUUCCGGGCGCGGCCGGCGACCUCUCCGACUGGGUGGCGCAGACACGGCUGAAGGUGGCGCAGCUGCUCUACACGCUGGUGCUGCACCAGGAGGACGCCGUGACGCAGUACCUGCAGCGGUUGGCGACCGCGCUGACGGCCGCGCUGGCCGACGACGAGCGCGAGGUGGUCAGAUGGGUGACGCAGACGGCGGAGCUGCUCGGGUGCUUCGCGCCCUUUCCAACGCUCAUGGAGGUGGCUCUCAAGCCCAUCACCGGCGACGGCGGCGCCACGGGGCGCCAGCUGCUGCUGCUGGCCGCCGUCCUGCGCGGCUGCCCGUCGCCCCACGACGUGGCGCAGUCCGUGGCCGAGGUGCUCGCGUCCGGCGACGUCUGCCACUCGCACGAGCCUGUGCGCCAAGUCGGCCUGCUGGAGGCGGCGGCCGCCCUGCUGACCAGCGCCUCGGAGCUGCCUGGGCCGGCCGUGGCGCCCCUGUUCGGCGCUCUGGUGGCCGUGGCUGGACAUGCCGCCUCCGAGGAGCUGGCGCAGAGGGCGCUCCACCUGGUGGAGCAGCUGGCGGCGACCAGCGGCUCGAUGACCGACCUGCUGACCGAGCUGGGCUGCGCGCCUGCCGCGGCGCACUGA